AUGAGUGAAAAAGUGCUAGUUACCGGAUGCAACGGAUUCGUUGCACUCCAUGUUUUGGACGUUUUGUUGUCCGAAAACUUCCAUGUUGUUGGGACUGUGCGUUCCGAAAGCAAGGGCGCCAGGGUCAAGGAAUCGUUUGCCAGCUUGUAUCCCAAAGGAAAGCUAGAUAUUGAAGUGGUGGAAGACAUUACCAAGGCCGGGAGUUUCGACGCUGUCUUCCAGAAAUAUCCCGAUUUGCAACAUGUCGUGCACAUGGCAGCAAACUUCUCGUUCGGUUCGGACAAGAGCACCGAGGAAACGUAUCUAAUCCCAGCCACCAAGGGUACGACGAACAUUCUGCAAGCCAUACUGGCAUCAGGCAAAAACGUCAAAACUUUUGUGCAGACAUCGUCAUUUGCGUCGAUCAUGAACAUGGAGAAGGCUGGAGACAGUUCGUUCGUGCACACCGAGGCGACCUGGAACCCAAUCACCUGGGACAAGGCCAAGGACAACCAAUACAGCUCGUACAUCGCAUCCAAGAAGCUUGCGGAGGUCGCAGCCUGGGACUUUGUGAAGGAAAACAAGAAGGACGUCAAGUUCACGGUCACCACCGUUUGUCCCCCAUUCAUCUUGGGCCCACAGAUGUUCGACUGGGCUUUGGAGUCUGACUCGUUGAACACGUCUGCUGAGAUUGUCAACAACGCUUUAAAAUCUACUCCUGACUUUAAGGGACCCUUUGACGAGCCCAGCGGUUUGUCUUGUGACGUUCGCGACGUUGCCUCUCUCCACAUGCUACCUCUCCGUAACAAAGAACUAGCUGGCCAAAGACUGUUCCCAGUGAACGGUGUCGGCAAAGAUUCCGAGAACCAAGACGGCAAAUUCAACUUGCAACGCAUACUGAACGUUUUGAACGCAAAGAUCCCAGAGCUCCAAGGAAAGAUUUCGGCCGGCAAUAUCAAGGACAACAAGCCUUACAUGGACAAGCUUUUGAACUACAACUGCGAAUUGACCGCCAAACUUUCAGGUGUUCAGUUCAAGACUUUUGAGCAAACUAUUUGUGACGGAGCCAAGCAAAUCUUGGACUUUCGCGCUGCUCACAAUUAG